GUGGCAACGCUGCGCCAGCAACAACCAGCUGAUCACCCUCAGAUUAACCUCCAAACGUUGCUGUCACUGUUGAGGGAUUUCGCCCCAAAUUAGAGCCCGCAGAAUGCUGCAAGUUGCAGUGAAUUGAGCGGCCGAGCAGACGCGAGCGGAGCGCCCCAGCCGCCAUGAUGGACUGCGACAAGUCCGAGACCGCCAAUCUGCAGCAGGAGUUCGAGUGGGUGCUGCACCAGGAGAUCCACAAGGGCCUCGACCAGAUCCACCAGAUUCUAGUGGUAAGUGUGGGCCGGGGAGGGCGAGUGGCUGGGGGCGUUGGUGCAGUCGAAAUGGGGKUGCAGGAGUGCGCCCGCCGCUUCCCGGUGCAGCUCUACGGCCACGACAACUCCAGCAAGCAGGACAAGUUCGUGCUGUCGAUUCCGGCCGAUCAGCUCAAGUGUGUGGUCACCUUAACGGGCGACAGCAUCACCCAUGCUGACAUCAACUUCAAGGUGACGAGGCAGAACUCGGCCACAAUGGUGCGCACCACCAUCCACAACGAGUACCCGUGGAAGCUGCAGCAGGUGCAGGACGCCGCCAACCACCUGCAGCAGGCCAUCUACCACAUCGACGACGUGGGGAAGAACUACAAGUUCAAGUCGUCGGACGAGGUGCUGCACAUCUUGGGGAACAUCCUGGGGAGCCUGCAGCGCGGCCGCACCAGCCUGAUCGUGCCCCGCAAGAAAACCAUGGACGACUUGAUCAAGAGCCGCAACAUGAAGUCGCUGGCGCCCAACCUGUCGGAGGAUCUGGCCAUCAGCUUCUACAUCCAGAGCCACAAGCUGAUAUUCGCCAUCUACCAGCUGGUCUACAGCCACGGCGAGAUGAAGUACGACUCGUCGCACGCCGAGUGCUCGGUCCCGUGGCUCAACGAGGUCCUGGUGCUGUUCACUGUGGGCCUGCAGCUGUGCCAGCAGCUCAAAGACAAGAUCUGCGUCUUCUCCCAGUACAAGGACUUCACGGUGGGGUCGCGAUCCUCCAGUCCACUCGCCCCCUAAUCUCACGCCUCACCGUCAAUUUCUAGGUUUAAUUAGCGAUAGCUAUAGAUAUUUGACCCCCACUCCUCCCGCGUAGCUUAUGUAAUCUCUUAGACUCCCCCUAGUGGCGUAAGCGACCCGACGUCAAUAAACUAUAGCAAACUU